GAGGAGAAUGCGUGAAAGAUUGUCUACUUGACAUAAUGACCAUCCAACUCUCAUGAUGUCCAAGGCCAGCGGCUUAUCUCAGCACCAGGAGACAACCGCCACUGCAGAAUUAGGCACAUCUUCGCUUGUGCCUUCUCCUCGCGUGUCUGAAGAGGCCACCAAUGAGGAGUUGCCAGUUGCAAGCGAGAUCCUGCAGUUUGCCGAACAGUACAGCCUGACUGACCACCUCGACACAUUCCAGAAGGCAGCUUAUCUUGCAACAGGCGACUGUCCGCUGACGAACAUCCCCGGACUCUCUGCAGCCGAGAAGCUCGCAUUACAAUGGGAGACGGAUCGAAAAUGGCGCCAACCAAAGAUGCUCUACUUUACCAUCCUCGUUUGCUCAAUCGGUGCAAUCGAACAGGGAUGGGCUCAGACAGGGAUGAACGGGGCAAACCUGUAUUUCCCCAAGGCACUGGGCGUCGGGUCGAACAGCAAACACGAUAACUUCAUCGUUGGACUUAUCAACAGCGGUAUAUAUCUGAGCACAGGAGCUUUGGGUGCAUGGCUGUCCGAUCCUGUCAAUAACCGACUCGGUCGACGAGGGGCUGUUGUCACAGGAGGUAUCCUUUGUAUGAUAGCCAAUUUGGCGUCCUCAAUUAGCAGAACUUGGCCCCAGCUUCUCGCCUUUCGACUUCUCCUCGGCAUUGGUCUAGGCAUCAAUACGAGCACAGUCUCGGUUUAUACAGCAGAAUGUGCCCCGGCAGCGAUCCGUGGGGGACUAGCGGUAAGCUGGCAGAUGUGGACGGCUUUUGGUAUUUUCCUGGGAUUCGUUGCAAACGCGGCGGUGUACAAAUACGGCGCGGAUGCCUGGCGGCUACAACUGGCCGCGCCCUUCAUACCGACAGUUCCGUUGGUCAUCUUGUUGUACAUUUGUCCCGAGUCUCCUGCGUGGUGCAUCAAGCAUGGUCAACGUUACCGCCUGGCAUUCGGAAACCUCUGCAAAUUUCGUAAUAGUGAACUACAGGCCGCGAAGGAGAUAUAUGCGACGUACCUUCAGCAUCAUGUAAAAGCCAAGGUAGGCAAUGCCGAGGUUGUGUCUUUCUUUGCAAGAAUAUCUGAACUCUUCACCAUUCCACGAAUACGCCGUGCUACAACAGGCUCCUACGUGGCCAUGCUAUCACAGCAGCUUUGCGGCAUCAACAUUAUCGCUUUUUACUCAUCCACAAUUUUCUCCCAAGCUGGCUUUUCACCUCUUGGCGCUCUGCUGGCGUCCUGCGUCUUCGGAUUUGUGAAUUUCGUAGGAGCAUUUCCAGCCAUCUGGACAAUGGACAGUCUUGGCCGCAGAUCAUUAUUGCUGUUGACCCUGCCGGUGAUGGCUGCGACAAUGCUGGCGGCAGGUUUAAGCUUCAAGAUACCAGCAGAGAAUCCGGCACACUUCGCAUUGCUUGCGACGCUUAUCUAUCUCUUCUGUGCUUUAUACUCUCCAGGGAUGGGGCCUGUUCCAAACACCUAUUCAGCCGAGGUCUUUCCACUUUCUCACCGCGAACUCGGCAUGGGUUUCGCAGUCGCCACUGCAAAUUUCUGGGCUGCUAUUCUAUCCCUCACGUUUCCCCGGAUUCUAACAGGACUGGGAUCGCAAGGUGCAUUCACCUUGUAUGCUUUUCUCAAUAUUCUCGCCCUCGUUCUAGUAUUCCUCCUACUUCCAGAAACUCGCAUGAUGACGCUCGAAGAAUUGGACCAAGUUUUCUCGAUCCCCACCCGAAAGUUCAUCAGAUAUCAAACUACUGAAUACUUACCCUGGUUCUUCAUGCACUAUGUUCUCAGACGAAAGGGAGUAGAGUUGAGACCGCUUGUGCACGCUGAAGAAUAUUUACCUCUUGAGCAAGGCGAUGGGGACAUUGGUUGAUGUUUACGCAGAGACUUGAGACCGUUUAAUGGCUGACAUCAGGUCAAAGCCGGCGCAGGAAGAGCUCUCGAGCAUUUGUUGUACGAGGUAGAAGUAAACAACAAUCUUAUUAGUUUCUCUGGAUAUCUCGG